CGGAGAGGCAGGAGGAGAAGGAACGCUACGGUAGGGGAAGUUCAGGGCCUGGUCAGGCAGGGAGGACAAGGUGAGAGGCCUGCGCUUGCGCUUGGAAAUGGAGGAACAGUGGGAGAAGAAGAUCGUCAUCCAAAUCGUGAGGGGCUGGAGUAGCAGGAGAAGGAUGAAGGGGGAGAGGGUCAGGAUGAGGCAUCGGGAGGAUGAGAGGAUCGGGAUUUGGUCGGUCAGGAUGAGAACGCGGCCACAGAGAAAGCAGAAGGAGAAGGGGAGUCACGGCGAGAGGGUGAAGCAUGCCGGCGGUAAGAUUGCCGUUGCCGGCGUCAAGCAGGUUCACCGGACAGGGAAGACGUCGAGGAGGAUCGGGCGGGAAGUGGUGGAGCUGCGGGUGAAAUUCCCUGAGGGGGUGGGUUGGAAGGAUGACAAGGAGGCAAGGAAAGCAAUACAGGUGGAGGCUCGGGCGACGAGCCUGACGGUUCGAGAAACAGGCCAAGGAGGCCAGGUGUUGUUUGAAGCCAAUCCGCUGUUUAGCAAGAUCUUAGCCGAUGAGACUUCGUGGUACAUCGAAGAUGGGGCGGUGGUGAUCGUCCUCCAGAAAGCCGAGGAGUUGUAUUGGCCAUCAAUUCACCCGGAAGAUGAGCCUCAGGAUGAUUCUCUCAAGAAGUCUUUGACAAGGUCAGGACCGCAAAUCGGAGAAGGAGGAGGGGUAGAUGGAGAAGAUGGUCGCGGCGACGGAUUGACUGGUCUGUCGGAACGUGCCAAGGUCAGUCGGCUACUUCAAGCGGCGAAAUCAGGUGAUCUGGCAGCGCUGCAGGCGGCCGCCGAGGCAAUGGACGACGGCGGGGAAGGAUUGGCUGUGGUGCUGAGAGAGACGAAGGAUGGAAAUGGGCGAGGGGCUCUCCACUUUGCUGCGCAGGAGGGGAGGUUGGAAGUUUGCCACUACUUGACAGAGGAGAUAGGGAUGGACAUCGAUGGGAGGGAUGAGGAGGGAGAGACGGCACUCAUCCAUGCAGCGAGAGAGGGACACGUGGAGGUGUGUGAGUGGCUGCUAGAGCACGGCGCAGAUGCCUGCGCUAGGAGCACGAAGAGCGGCGCGGGUGCCAUUCACCAUGCGGCGAGCGGCGGUCACGACCGCCUCAUCAAGGCGCUGGUUGCGCGGGGAGAGAGCGCCAAUGCCCCGUCAGAGGCCGGUCCACCGCUGAUCUGGGCGGCGGAGCGCGGGGUGAUCGCCUCUUUGCGCGCACUGCUGGAGCUGGGGGCGACGGUGGAUGCGACGAACUCUCAGCUAUGUUCCGCUGUCUUGGUCGCGACCGCCGCCGGUCAUCUGGAAGCGGUCAGAUUUCUGAUAGAUCAUGGAGCUGACGUCACCAUCAAAGCGUUGCAGGGUGCCACGUGUCUCCACGUGGCGGCGGACAGAGGGGACAGAGAGAUGGUAGACACCCUUCUCUCUGCCGGAGCCGAUCCCGACGCCGUCGACGAGAGCGGCAGCAAGCCGAUCCACGUGGCUGCCGCCAAUCGAGACGAGCCGAUCGUCGAGGCACUCCUAUCCAAUACCAGUCGGGAUCCCGACGUCGUUCCGUGGACGGUUGAAGAGGUGAUCAAGAAGCAAAAUAUGUUGACGGACCUUUCAGAGAACGCCGGCGAUAAUGAGAAAACGAGCAUGGGGAAGGAGGGAGGACGAGGGGGAGGAGGCGGAGGAGGGGAAUUACACCAGCAACAGCAGCGGCAACAGCUGCCGCCGCCGCCGCCGCCGCGGCGCAUCGACAUGGAUGAGAAUGAUCCCCGCGUGAAGCAAUCUCUAGAGGCGAAGGCGAGAGGAGAUAUCGCUUUCAAGAAGGCCGAUUACAUGUCGGCCAUUGAUGCCUACACUCAAUCUCUCGACUUGAUUGAUUAUAACGCUGCGGUGUUGUCCAACAGGAGCUUAUGCUGGAUCCGCGUUGGACAAGCCGAACGAGCUCUGGAAGAUGCGCAGGCUGCCCGCGCCGCCCGCCCAGACUGGCCCAAGGCUUGUUAUCGCGAGGGUGCGGCAUUGCGCCUGCUGGGCAGGCUAGACGAGGCGUGCACUGCCUUCUACGAGGGGGUACAACUCGAUCCUGAGAAUAAGGAAUUGGUCACUGCAUUCAGGGAGACCAUGGAACAUGCCAAAAGGCAACAUUCUCUACCUGCACCCUCAUCGUAGUUAGCGGAUUUUAGGCAUAUAGGGGGGACGGAAGCAAGACGGAAGCAAGGAGGAGGUGGUUUUCAUCCUUCUCUUUCGUGAGGGAGCCAAUAUACCCCAUUUUGCAGGCGCUUAGUUCAUACUCACACCUUUUUUUCUUUUUCUUUUUUUUGUCAUACUCACAAUAGGAUUUUUCCGACUGAAACUGGCCGCAGAUGCGGUCACGUACGUCUCCAAAGGUCAUGAUGCCGUAGGUGGGAAAGUGUGGUAGCGCACUGGGAGGCCAGGCUUUCUGUUCGUGGUGGGGGGGUGGGGGGGGGAGGGGGGCCCGGUGUGGGUGGGAAGGGAGGCCUGUAGAUCCUUUGGGGGGGGCCUGUUCGAUGUAGAAGAUGAAUGAAACCUGAGUUGUGGUAAAAGGGCGGCGCGUGAUUGCUGUUGGGUGAGGGCCAUAGAUUUUGGCUUGAGUUGAUUAGACAUUGCAUCUGGCAGUCAGCUAUGGAACAAAAGGCUGAUUAGAAAUUAAUUGCGUGGACUCUGCUGAGUAGAUUUUGGCUGAUGAUGAUGCCGUGGGGGCAUAUGCAGCAGGUGUGCAGUGGCCUUUUUUUUUCGGAUGGUUUAAGCCCACAGUAGGGCUUUGAUUGGGCGCCACAGCACCUGAAUAGGAUUAUAGGUCGUGGGUAGGGUUGGGCUUAGGUAGAGAGAUAGGGUAAUGAUAGCAGUAUGGGAAUGGGAUAGGGUCAUGUAGCCCCACCACCGAAUCCCUGCUUCAGGAUAUGCCUGAAGGUGCCUGUUAUAGGGUCACGUAGCCCCACCACCGAAUCCCUGCUUCAGGCUAUGCCUGAAGGUGCCUCUAUGAUGUUUAACAAGAUGGAAGAUUGGGCUUGUGUCGUAGGUCGUAUUGUUGUGCACUAGUGUGCAGAAAAGGAGGUAUGGUGGGGAUUUUUUCGUCUGUGCGUGCGAAGUCUUCAUCGUUGAUUGGUUGAUUGGCCUGAGAUGAAGUUGAGUGGUUGAUUGGUCUAGGAUUGAUUGGUUGAUUGACCUAAUAAAUUAAAUUAAUCGAUCGAUUGAGCAAUGGUGAUCUUGUUCAUCAUCUUGUCAUCAUGUUCAUUCUGCGGAAUGAACAUGAACAGAAAAG